GUGAGCUGAGCGCUGUGAUGAUUUAGACAUUUAAUUUAUUACGAUUGCGUAUACUAUUAAUCGUGUUAAAUUUUCAAUUUUCUCCCGUUACCGCGGUUUAUCAGAUCUUGGUUAAAGUACACGAACUUUAACCUUUUCACCUACAACGUUUAUGCGCCGAUUUUUAUAAUAAAUCUAAACAAAUACUACUAGAGUGAUUUUACAAGUAAUAAAAGCUUGGUUAGGAUGGACAUUUUAAGAGCUGAAAUAAUGAAAAAGAGAAAACAACUGGAGGAAAGCAACGUCUUGCAGAACAACAGAAAAUAUUUUAGAAGAGGUGAAUUGAUUGCGAAAGAUCACCAUGUAAAGGAAGUGAAGGAGAAUAAAGAUGAGGAUGUAGCGGUUAACAUGAUCCGUCAACAAGAAGACUCCGUAGCUGACGGUAGUUCCGAGCAUUUAACGUUACCUAGGCACGAAGUGAUCAAAAGAUUACGCGAGAGAAGCGAGCCUAUAUUAUUGUUCGGAGAAUCAGAGAUAGAAGCGUUCAAACGGCUGAGGAAAUGUGAAAUCCUUGAGCCCGAAGUGAACAAAGGUUUCAGAAAUGAUUUUCAAGAAGCCAUGGAACAGGUAGAUCAAGCAUACUUGAAUGAGAUAUUAGCAUCUUCAAAACCACAAGAUCGUGAUGGAAAAGGAGAUGUGCACGUACCGGACGAGGGAGUUACUUACGAAGAUUUGCAGAAGAUGUCUGUCAAAUUGAACAAGGGUGAUAGAGACUUUGACAUGAAUGUUAUCACGCAAUUCAUACAGUUCUUGGUGCAAAUGUGGGGCAAUCAAUUAAACAGUAGGAGCACUGCCGAGAAAAUGGGUACCAGAGGGAAAAUGGCCAGUGCUACUUAUGCUCAAACGAGAGAAUAUCUAAAGCCCUUGCUUAGGAAAUUAAAAAACAAGUCCUUACCAGAAGAUAUCACUGACAGUUUGACCGAGAUCGUAAAACAUCUACUCGAACGAAAUUACAUAUUGGCCAGCGAUUCGUACUUGCAAAUGGCAAUAGGAAACUCUCCGUGGCCUAUCGGCGUAACUAUGGUCGGUAUUCACGCGAGAACCGGAAGAGAAAAGAUUUUCUCAAAGAACGUGGCACAUGUGAUGAAUGAUGAGACUCAGAGAAAAUAUAUUCAAGCGUUAAAGAGGCUAAUGACUAAGUGCCAGGAAUAUUACCCUACAGAUCCGUCCCGUUGCGUAGAGUAUUCAAAAACGUGAAAUCUUUUUCGUAGAGUAUAGAAACAACGAGAUUUAAUUAAGAUUUAUUAAAGUACAACCCAUAAGCUAUAAGCUAUAAGAUAGCUAUAAGUACAUUCUGUGUAAAGAUGAAUUAAAAUUAAAUGCGUGUAUAUUA